GAGAGAGGAGAGAGAAGGGCAUCCAUGUUAAUAUUUUCUGUCUAUCCUGACCAGAAAAAUGUCCUCUUCUACUAGAAAUGGUUGUGUGCACCUCUCAUCAAACGCUGUGCUUCCUGUCCUUAUUAAACUCUUAACUCACUUAUUAAUAAGCAUUUGUUUAUUUCUCUCACACAUCCACACACACGUACUCAGCUCUCUCUUCCUGCACCUGCUCACACACAGUACACACACUGCACAACUCUCCAUCUCCACCCUCUCUCUCUCUCUCUCUCUCACUUAGAGGCACAUACAGAGAAAGAGAGAGAGAGGUCACCCCAAAUGAUCUCAUCUCUUACACAGAUUUAGCCCAACACGCCCAGGUUUAACCCAUUGAGAAACUCCAGAAAACACACACCACACACACACACACACAGACUUCUCUCUCCCAUCUCCCAAUACCUAUCCCACAAAGCACGAAGCGGCUCUUCAUUGUUCACCCAUUUCUUAACCAACCCACAUUACUCCACACACACACAAAGUGACAGAACACGGACAAGAGUUACAGCACAUGCAUUCAUGAGCAGAAUCCUGGGGAAUCGAUCAUCUGGUGCUGGUGCUGGUGCUUGUGGCUGCUAUACCGCUUUCAAAUCUCACUGUCGCACGAGAGAAAUUUCAGAAUAAUUUGUUUUCAUUAAAUGGGGUGUCUCAUAUCUCAGCUGGCCGCCAAAUUUGCUUUCUUCCCACCUACGCCGCCCACUUACAAGGUCAAGAAAAGGGACGACGGCAAGCUGGUGGCCGUCUCAACGACGUCGUCCCUGCCAAUAGCCAUCGAUGAUUCCUCCCUGGAUGUGUUGUCCAUUCAGACUAAAAGGGGCAACAAGAUUGUAGCUUUUUACUUGAGGAACCCGUACGCGAGGCUUACUUUGUUGUACUCUCAUGGCAAUGCGGCUGAUCUGGGACAGCUCUAUGACCUCUUUGUUCAGCUCAAAGCCAACCUUAGAGUUAAUCUCAUUGGGUAUGACUAUUCGGGUUAUGGAGCUUCUACUGGUAAGCCAAGUGAAUAUGACACAUAUGCGGACAUAGAGGCUGUAUACGAGUGUCUUCAAACUGAGUAUGGGAUUAGCCAAGAAGAUUUGAUUCUAUAUGGGCAAUCAGUUGGAAGUGGACCCACAUUACAUCUAGCAGCUAAAUUGCCGAGGUUGAGAGGUGUUGUUUUGCACAGUGCUAUCCUGUCUGGCCUUCGUGUUCUCUGUCACGUGAAGUUCACUCUGUGCUGUGAUAUUUACAAGAAUGCGAACAAAAUCCGGAAGGUCAAGUCUCCUGUGCUUGUUAUUCAUGGAACGGAGGAUGAUGUGGUAAAUUGGUUGCAUGGUGAUGGAUUGUGGAAAAAGGCAAGGGAACCGUAUGAGCCCUUGUGGAUUAAAGGAGGAGGCCACUGCAACUUGGAGCUGUAUCCCGAUUACAUCCGCCAUCUCUGCAGGUUUGUUCAAGAAAUGGAGAAUAUGAAUACUGAAAUUCGGCUCAGAAAGAUCCGACAGACUCUCCCCCUUCAGAAAAGGUCCAAGUCCGCUUCCAGGAACUCUACCAACAGUUGCUGUAAAAUUCAGUUCAGACGACCCAAAUGCCCGGAAUGUUUGAAUCCUAGCUGCAUAAAAUCCUGCUGCUGGUGGCCAAAAUGCCCCAAGUGGCGGCCAAAAUGCCCGGCGUGCUUCAAACCAAGCUGCUCCAUGUGUUCGUGUCGGUGCAAGAAAUGCUCGUGCAGGUGCACCAUGUGCUCGUGUUUGUGUGCUGCCAAGUGUUCAUGCUGGUGAUAUUUAACAGGGGGUAUAAUAAGAACGUUAAUGAUGAAGAGGAGAAAGGCUUAGAUUGUUGUACAGAUUGGAGCUCUUUAACACCCUUCUAAUGGUGCAGUAGCCUGUGACAUUUAGGAGUUCAAAUUCUAUACAAUGCAUUUUUCACUUUUCUUGCUUUUAUAAUGGGAUUCACUAUUGUAAUCCUUUUCUUGCAUUAUAUAGGUGGAAAUAUGAGUUUGUUUGUACCA